AGGAUGUUUACUGUAGCCCGGCUCACUAUGGAGACAUUGUCCUCCUGCAGCUUAGAAACCUGUAGACAAAGACCUUUAUCAAUGAUUAAUUCUCUCUCGCCUCAGCUUGGUUUACUCAGUACUGGUCUCCUGGCUGCACACAGGUAGCUCUGGUAAACAGAACUAGAACACUGUUUGCACUAAACCCCGCUGAACUCUGAGCAGCCUGCCAGCCAUUCUGGGUUUGCUUUGAGCUGGUGGUAGAUUCUUGGUCGAUCGAAAGGAAGGCGGGUCUCUUUCCCUGCUUAUCUCCCAGCUCCCAGCAGUGGCACCGGCACCAGGGGGGAAGCCCUGGGCCUCAGCUUCACGAGAGAAGGACAUGGAGACUGUGGCUGUGGCUCAUUCAGGACAGACCCCUGCCCAUGUAAACUGCAGCCUGCUUGUGAAAGCAUUGACGUGCCAUACAGAGAGUGGCGCUUGUUUUUAAGCAGAAGCCCUCCACAGUGCUGUUUGCCUUUGAAGAAUGACAGCAGUACAAGGAACAGUAACAAACACCUGUCCUUGCAGGGGUGGUUCCACACAGCAGUAUUACGACCUGGGGUCGGUGAAAAGCAACAUGAGCAUAAACGACCAGAGAAUUCCUACACCAACACAAGUCAGACUUGCUGCCCCACAGCUCUGCCCCGUGUGUCUCCUGUCCCCCCAGCGCAGUGUGAGCGAGAAGCAGAUUAAGGUGCCGUUCCCAGCUGAGCAUCCCUACCAGUCCCACAUCUCCCGGCUGGCCGUGUUUCCCAGUUUCUCCUCUCCGGAUGACCCGGACACAGGGGUCCGAGCUGCCUCCCAGCUGCCCCUCGGCCCCCACAUCCCAGCAAGCAACCAUGACGUCACGGUGCUCAGCAAAACCAAGGGAGGUCCGUACCGCUUUGAACGAACUGAAAUUCCCACCGACUCAGAGAAGAGAGCACUACACUGGCCUGGUCAAUAUGGCUACUAUAAUUUCCCCAAAUCAGCAGAGGGAUUCGUCCAGGUUUUUUACCCCAAACCUCCCAAGACCGUGGCCCCAAACCCAGGCCUGAGGCCCUGGGACACCACCCUCUCGGAGAAGACAGCCAACACGCUGAGGAACCUGGAGAGAUCCUACUGGCUCACCUCCUACCAGCUCCACUACACAGGAAGCGGGCCCAUGAAUCCAGUGCAGCUGGAUGACUACCACGCAAGGGUCAUCGCAGCUGUUUCUGGGGAGCUCACGCCAUGUUCACCACGACUGAGAGAGUGGUCCCAUCCCGCCUUUUCUCCUCCCUGCCCACUUGAAGGCCGCUAUGCCAGGAUACGCCAAGGUCGGCGCCCUCUGGCAUCGCCACUUCCUGGCCUUCAGUCAGGCCGGCCCUGCGCCCCGAACCUGCCUGCGCCCCAGGACCAGCACAAAGGUCACCGGGCCUACACCCCCAACCCGCCUGCGUCACAGGACCAGCACGAGGGUCACUGGGCCUGCGCCCCCGACCCGCCUGCGUCACAGGACCAGCACGAGGGUCACUGGGCCUGCGCCCCCGACCCCCCUGCGCCCCAGGACCAGCACGAGUGUGACGGGAGAGCUGCUUUCUUGCGGCCACACGGGGGCGCCAGUCCCUGUGAGGCCUGUGGCUGUGGAAGCCCAGCUUCAUGCCUUCAGGAGCAAGAGCCCGGAAGAGACAGCGGUGAUCCUGGGGGACCGCUGGCGGAAACUGGAAUAACGGGAAAGAUAACGGACACGGCCCAGGCCCUGGCCCUUCACGCCCGGCAGCUCGUACCCCCCCUCCCCGGGCAGGAGGGACCUGCAGAGGCCCCCAGGGACCUGCGUUAUGAGGACUUGCCAGGCAGCAGGAAACAGGAUUAUAAAGCUGGGAAUAAUCCGUUCAGUCUCAGCCGCCCCCAGCCCCAGCCCACAGAGCCCCCCGGCGCGGCCCCCGAGCACGACCGCGGCGGCUGGGACACACCGCUCGGCGCUUCCCGUCUCCUGCUUGGGCCCGGCGGGAGAGCCGCGCCUGGCACCCUGUGGCCGAGCCACGGCCCGGCCCGCCCCCGGGCUGGACUCCUGGAGCUGCAGGGCUCCUUCAGCAGGUACGAAGCCCACAGGAGGCUCCACGCCUCCAUCGCUGGGAGCCCUGUGGACCUGCGGGACAGCGUGUGUACCGGCAGGAGGCACCGGUUCUUCGGCUUUAAUUCUUACUAUUUCCACAACUGACACGUGUCCACAGUCGCCAAGAGUGUUUCUGAGAGGCGCCAUCGCAAUGGGAUUGAAGGGUGUGACUUUGACGUCUCCUGGUGAUGUAGAUCCCACUGAGGAAGCCCACCACAGCCUCCAGCACAGCAGGGCAGGCAUAAGCGCUGCUACGGCUCUGAAUUCUCGUGAUGUAACUUCUACCACUUGCAAGACCUUGGCAAGCUCACGGUCGCUGGGACCAAAAGAAUAAACGUCUGAAUAAAAAAAAA